AUGAUUUCCAGAGUCCAAUCUUUAGUUUCUUCUUUGACACACAAGACACAAUCACUGUUGACCAAGACCGUUUACUACGGUAAGGUUACUGCUGAAUUAUCCAAGCAGGUCUACACUAAGGAAGGUCUACAGCCACCAAACUUCUCGGACUUUGAAAUGGUCUACACCAGAUUGUACAGACAAGCUUUGGGUUAUGCUGAUAAGCCUCAACAAGUUGUUAACUUGUUGAAGAACAUUGAAAAGGACCAAGCCGUUAAGAUCGGUGCUUUCGGCGUGCAAUUGUUAGGUUUAUACUCAUUGGGUGAAAUUAUCGGUAGAAGAAAGGUUGUUGGUUACCGUAACUACUCUACUCACCACUAA